AUGUCCGCCGUGACCACACCUACCACAGUGCCUGUCCCACUCAAUUCCACCACUCUACACACAGUCCUCUCCUCCUCCACCUCCCUUUCCCACCUCAAACAAAUCCACGCUCAAGUCCUCCGCUCUAACCUCCAUCCUUCCCUCCUCCUCAAACUCCUUCUCUCCUCUCCUCCCUUCUCGUCUUCUUCCCUCGACUACGCCCUCUCCGUCUUCACACACCUCCCCACAUGUCACACUCCUCUCUCCAACAAACUGUUCCGUUCUUUAUCUCGCAGCGCCAAACCUGAAACUGCUCUUUUAGCAUAUGAGAAAAUAAGGUUGAAGGAAGGCUUGCUCGGUAUUGACAGGUUUAGCUUUCCUCCAUUGCUAAAAGCAGCUUCCAGAGCUUCUGGAUUAAAUGAAGGGAAGGAGAUUCAUGGGGUUGCGGCUAAAUUGGGUUUUGAUAAAGACCCGUUUGUGCAAACGGGCUUGGUAGGUAUGUACGCUGCUUGUGACCGGAUUUUGGAUGCGAGAUUCGUGUUUGAUAAAAUGUCUUAUAGGGAUGUUGUUGCUUGGAGUAUUAUGAUUGAUGGGUAUUAUCAAAGUGGACUUUAUGAUGAUGUGUUGCGGCUUUUUGAAGAGAUGAGGAGUUCCAAUUUGAAGCCAGAUGAAAUGAUUCUGUCAACCAUAAUAUCGGCAUGUGGUCGAGCCAGAAAUUUAAGUUAUGGAAAAGCAAUACAUGAUUUCAUUAUCGAAACUAAUGUUGUGCUUGAUACUUAUUUACAGAGCUCGCUUGUUACCAUGUAUGCAAGCUGUGGCUGUAUGGAUAUGGCUCAAGAAUUGUUUACUAAGAACUCAUCGAGGAACUUAGUUGUUUUAACAGCCAUGGUUUCUGGUUAUUCGAGAGUUGGUAGAGUUGAAGAUGCUCGCUUGAUUUUUGACCAAAUGGAUGAAAAGGAUUUGGUUUGUUGGAGCGCAAUGAUCUCUGGUUAUGCUGAGAGUGAUGAGCCUCAGCAAGCUCUUAAUUUAUUUAGUGAAAUGCAAGUUUUGGGAAUCAAACCUGAUCAAGUUAAUAUACUGAGUGUAAUUUCAGCUUGUGCUCAUCUUGGUGUUCUAGAUCGAGCUAAAUGGAUUCAUAUGUAUGUUGACAAGAAUGGGUUUGGAGGAGUUUUGCCCAUCAGCAAUGCCCUUAUUGAUAUGUAUGCCAAAUGUGGGAAUUUGGGAGGAGCGAGAAGAGUUUUUGAGAAGAUGCCAAGCAGAAAUGUGAUAUCUUGGACAAGUAUGAUUAAUGCUUUUGCUAUCCAUGGGGAUGCCAGUAAUGCUCUUAAAUUCUUCUAUCAAAUGAAAGAUGAAAACAUCAAGCCAAAUGGGGUGACAUUUGUUGGUGUGCUUUAUGCUUGUAGUCAUGCAGGGCUAGUUGAGGAGGGCAGGAGAAUCUUUGCAUCAAUGAUAAAUGAACACAACAUCACUCCUAAACACGAGCACUAUGGUUGCAUGGUAGAUCUAUUUGGUCGAGGUAAACUGCUGAUAGAUGCUCUCAAUCUUGUGGAGACAAUGCCUGUGGCUCCUAAUGUUGUCAUUUGGGGAUCCCUAAUGGCUGCUUGUCAAGUUCAUGGAGAGACUGAGUUAGGAGAAUUUGCUGCCAAGCAGGUUCUCGAGCUGGAGCCAGACCAUGAUGGAGCCCUUGUGCAAUUAUCUAACAUUUAUGCCAAAGAAGGAAGGUGGCAAGAUGUAGGGGAGAUAAGGAACUUGAUGAAACAAAGAGGAAUAUCUAAAGAACGUGGAUGUAGUAGGAUAGAAUUGAACAAUGGAGUACACGAGUUCGUAAUGGCAGAUAGGAAGCAUAAGCAAGCAGAUAAAAUCUAUGAGAAGCUGGCUGAGGUGGUUAAGGAGCUGAAGCUAGUUGGCUAUACUCCUAACACUAGUGGUGUGUUGGUUGAUUUAGAAGAGAAAGGAAAGAAGGAAGUGGUUUUAUGGCAUAGUGAGAAACUGGCCCUCUGUUAUGGGCUGAUGAGUGAGGGAAAAGGGUCAUGCAUCCGAAUAGUUAAGAAUCUCAGAGUUUGUGCAGACUGCCAUACCUUUAUUAAGUUGGUGUCGAAGGUUUAUGGGAUGGAGAUUAUUGUUAGAGACAGGACUCGGUUUCACCAUUACAAAGGUGGAGUGUGCUCUUGUAACGACUAUUGGUGA